GAAAUUCAUGCUCAUUUACAAGGUCUUGGGAAGGUGUACUUAUCUGCUCAGGACAUCCAAGACUAUCUAAACCAACCAUCCCUACUGGCUAAGCUAGGCUGUUCUAAACCUAUUACCUUACAAACUGCAAGGAAAUGGAUGCAUGUUAUAGGGUACUGCUAUGGCAAAGCUCCAAAUGGAAUGUAUGUGGAUGGGCACAAGUGUGAGGAUGUUGUUCAUUACAGGCAGAAUGUUUUCCUCCCACUCUGGGCUGAUUAUGAGAAGGAGAUGGAGGCUGGCUCUCUCAUUCUUGUCACCUAUGAUGAAUCAACCUUUUAUACAAAUGAUCAGAGGAAAAUAAUGUGGGUCCAUGAUAGUACUUCUGCCAAACUGAGAGCAAAGGGUGAAGGCUUCUCUAUUAUGGUCUCAGACUUC